AUGCGCAGGAUGACUCUUCUCUCCAGCAUCAAAAGCGACGGAACGCUUAAUGCAAACGAUCUAUCAUCAGAAUUCAACCUGAUAUAUCAAAAUCUUGAAGCAAAUGUCAACUCAGGCCAUAACUUGGACCAGUGUAAAGAUGAUAUAAUCUCCCUUUCAAAGCAGCUAACUUCUGUGUCGAGUCUGCUAUCACGUUUCGAUCAAGAACUGUACUCCACCAAGAUUGACCAACUAUUGAAGAAAAUCACAACAAAGCAAUUGACGUUGGCAAAAGAGGACCGCCGUUCACGUUGGAAAUCCAUGGGACUUCGCGCAAAACAUACUGCCAGCCCGCCAGUUUCUUCUGAUCGAAAAGUUGUUGCAAGUCCAACUACAGAAAAAACAGUUGACCCGAAACCUGAGAUAAAGGACACUGAUAUAAAGUACCAGAUAUCCACCAAGUCAUAUCAAAAUCUCAACAACUGUAAACUCAGCUGGACGGGCGAUGAUAUACUGCAAGAAUAUGCCACUUUGCAAGUUCAGAACGUAAAGAAAUCCACUAUAUACUUCAAUAUUGUGCCGUUCAACCAAGGGAGUUUACUUCUAGAGGGGUUCCAAGACAGCUAUGUCAUCAUAAUAACACCGGAAAAAAGUAAUUUGCAACUACGACUACACAAGAUGGAUAACUGUAAACUCUAUAUCAAACGGCAAGCCGGGUCAGAAGUUCAAGAUGUAGUCAUCGAAGACUUUUCACACUGCGUAUUUCACAAGGAUACAAAAGAUUACGUGCGCAUUCAUAAUUUCAAUCAAUUAACUUACCAAAAUAAGGAAUCAAAUGACGGCUACACGUUCGUUGAAUUUGAAGUACAAGAACCCUUAGAGCCACUGUCAGCCUCAUAG